AUGGGGGAGGAGCUUACAGCAGCGAUGUCCCGUGUGGGGGAGGAGCUUGUCCAUUCAAGCACAGUUCUAGACUCCAGUCAGCCGGCGCCAGCGAGAGAGUGGCGUCAUAGGGCAUCCAUGGCCCCCACAUUAGGCGGGACUCCUGCGGAACCCAUGAGACAACGGAAACUGAAUAGGAUUUACAAGAUCUCGGGAUGUGUCGUCGUCGUGAUAGUUGUGAUGAUCGCAGUGCCUGUGUAUUAUCACAUGAGAGAUACGCCACCAGUCACUUACCCUUGCCACAUAGACCUCAGUGUUCCGCUGCUCAGUCCACAGUUCUACAGUAACGGGUCGGUGGUGGACCACGGAGACGUUUAUCCCACAGGGUUUUACUUUACCGUCAACGGAACUACUCGGGGAUGUCUCUGCGCGUUGAAUCCUUGCAUCAGAAAAUGCUGCGCCAAAGACGAGUACUACAAGAGGAAAGUGGGUUGCAAGAAGAACACAAAACCUUCUCCCUUCGACAAAUUCAGACUUCCGGUCUACCAGAGCCCUUGGAACAUUACGGAUGUGGCUAAAAACCAUUUCCGGAUCUUGUAUGGGGAUGUGUGUAAAGUGAAAUUCAUAACACAGGCCCAUCUUCCCCAGCCUCAGUUAAUGACAAAUGGAAGCAUAUACAGAAUCCUAAGUGAAAACGAAUCAGUUUAUGUAAACACUUCCCAAUAUUGUCUAGACUCAUUGGACGCGAGAGACGAGAUCACUAUUAUGUUUUGUGCGGCAACAGUCCGUGUGUCUCUAGAAACUGAAGAUUCAGUUGAGUAUAUAAUGUACUCGAUGUACACUGUUGGCACGAUCAUAUCCACCUUCUUCCUAUUGGCUACCUUCCUGGUCUACUACAUUCUGCCUGAACUGCACAACAACCUACACGGACUAUCCCUCAUGUGCCACACGGCGGCUCUCCUCACUGGUUAUUCGUUCCACGCAGCCAUUAAGAUAUUUCAAGAGGACUUAAGCUCGGACCUCUGUAUUCUUUUUGCGUUCACUGCCCAGUUUUCAUUAUUGGCGACCUUCUUCUGGAUGAACGUAAUGUGUAUAGACAUUUGGCUGGUCAUAAGUAAAGUCAGGCCAGCGCAGAGCAGGAAUUACAAUAAGAAGUUUCUGUACUACUCUCUAUAUGCUUGGGGAGUGCCUAUGUUCAUUGUGGGAGUCUCCAUAGCCAUGGACAUGAUACCUGGAGUGCCUGACACUUGGAUCAAGCCUCAGUUUGGGAAGAAGAAAUGCUGGUUUGCAGAUGAUCGAGGGCUUCUACUCUACUUCUACUUGCCCAUAGCAGCGGUGGUGGUCACCAAUGUUGUCACGUUUGUAUCUGCUGCCAUUGCAUUGAGAGCUCACUCGCAACAUACCAAUAUGCUUAACACAAGUGAGAGUCGCAGAACCAGUGACUCAGACAUAGACAGGUUCAAUCUUUACCUGAGGCUGUUCAUUGUGAUGGGAGUCAAUUGGAUAAUGGAAUUAUUUGCCGUUUAUGUGGGAGGACCAAAGAUUUUAUGGUUUAUACCGAAUCUUGUCAACACACUGCAGGGUGUGUUUAUCUUCAUUAUUUUUGUCUGUAAGCGCAAAACACUGAAGAUUCUCAACAAAAAGUUGUGUCCGCAAUGGAAUGUCAUGACAGACACAAGUACAAACAGUAGUACCUCAACAACUAGAACCACUUCUAUUAGUUCAAGAUCAAUGUAUCACAGUCAAGACACAGUUCUCAAACCUCUACAUGGCGACAUAAAAGAUGAAUACUAGGCGAUGGAUAUUUAUAA